AUGGACUUGGAGGUCAGUGAAACAAUAGACCUUAGUUCUGGAGAUCAUCAGCAUCUGGUUCGGAAGGCAGCAGAUAGUAACGUCCAGAUCAAGUCCGGUCAGUCCUACACAACUUCACCUUCUGAGCCACAAAAAACUCGCGGGAAUCCAUAUUCAAAGACGAAAGAGCGAGCGGAUAGCUAUGUGGUACAAAUUUCCGAUGAGACCACCCCAAAUGACAGCAGUAAUUUAGCCAAUCCGUUCUCAGAUUCAUCGGUCCGCAGAGCUUUCAUUAUCAAAGUGUUCCUGAUCCUGUCAGCUCAGCUGGUGGUCACUGGGGCAAUUGUCAGCUUGUUUAUUUUCUGGACGGGUUUAAAAUCUUGGGUGCUCAUGAAUGCCUGGUUCACCUAUGCAAUCUUGCCGGCAUUUUUUGUUGUACUGAUUGUACUUGCUUGCUGCGGGAAACUCCGCCGCCAGGUGCCUGCGAAUUACAUUCUCCUGGGAUUAUUUACGGUUCUUCAAGGUCUGCUGCUCGGAGCCGUAUCAGUUUUCUAUAACGCUGAGGAAGUGUUAUGGGCAACGGCUGCAACCGCAGUGGUGACGUUAUCGCUCACUCUGUUUGCUCUUCAAACGAAAUGGGAUUUCACCAUGCUCAAUGGAAUGCUGUUUGUUUUACUCUUCGUACUUAUUAUCUAUGGAAUUCUCUUACUCUUCAUACGAUCAUAUUGGUUGCAUCUGUUGUACGCUGGCCUUGGAACUAUAAUCUUCUCACUUUACUUGGUGAUGGAUGUACAGCUCAUGGUGGGAGGGCGCCACCAUCACUCUGAUCUGCACCCUGAAGAGUACAUUUUUGCUGCCCUGAACAUCUACUUGGAUAUCAUCAACCUCUUCCUUUUUAUUUUGCAACUGAUUGGACUGGGACGGUAG